UUUGGCUGAGCGAUGGGGGGUUUCUGGAGUGGGUGAGGGGUGCUGUGGGGUAAGUGGCUUUUGCUAAUUUUAGUUGGAUAAUUAGCUGGUUAAUUUUCCCUCUUUUCUUGCUUAUUUUCUGCUUGUAAUAAGUAUUUUUGUGACUUAAAUUACAAGUGUACUUUAAUACCGGAUAUUAUAUUGGUCCACGAAACUUGCUAACUUGAGGACAGCGAACGUGCGUCUUAAGAGCGCCUUUGCAGAUGGUGCUGGAGGACGUUCAGGGAAGGGAUUCACUCUCCGUGGGACUCAAGAAAUUAGUGAUUGAUUGGCACCCAAGAGCUUCAGAGGUUGGAGGCCUUUGAGGAUCACAUUGUAACACUCAGGGGACCAGUGAUGGGCGACCUAUAGUAAUCAGUAGAGUGGGAUUCCCAGGAGUAGCCUAUGGCAGCCAGUUGACUGGAGGCAUAGGGGGUUAAUGAUGGGGAUUUGUGAGGGUGACUGCAUUGCUUUCUAGGCAGUGAGUGUUGGGGUCCUUCAGGGAUUGGUGAGUGGGGUAGUGUUGGCCUCUUCUUGGGUCCUUCGAUAUGGUAAGGAUCGGUAAUUGACAGUUGAGCAGAUCGACGAUGGUCUCCUAUUGGAGCAUUUCAUUUGGACCCCUAUGUUGGAGAUUAUUUGUCGUUUUAUGGAAACCAGAAAAUUGUACUCGCUGGGAAACAUUUCUUGGCUAUCAGGGCAGUAAUGAUUUCAGAAGCCUGGGCCAUGUCAGUGACUGGGAGGCAUUAUGGAACUUUCUGGCAGCCCUGUAGUCCACUCAUUGGGGAUUUCUGAAAGUCACUGCUGUCAGUGAUUGCAUUCAGGUGCCGUGGGGGCAACUUAUUGUGGACAGGCAAGAAAUGGUAAUUGGUGGCCCUGAUGCAUGUCUGCAAAUUUUCUGCGUCAAGGUGGGGAUUGGGACAGUGAUUUUAAGUUUUAGCUCUAGUCAGAAGAGGCUGGUCUGUGUGGUGUGUUAUGGAUGGGGACUGAAAAGUCCAGAAGCUCAGAAUAGGUACACCAGACAAAGCCACCUCCCAGCCUGAGCUCUAUGAAGGCAACAGGAAGAGGAAAUGGUGUUUCCGGAAGCUGGCUAUGCUUCUGCAGAAUCCCCGGGUCAGGCCACCUCAUUGAGGCUGCAGGAUCUCUCUUCAUAGCCCAGCACGCCUCUCGGAAGUGUCCCUGGUUGGAGAAUCCAAACAGCUAUCCAGCUUCUGGCUCCUGGGAAAAGUGGAGUUGUCAGCAAGAGAGACCAAGAGUAGAAGUCCAGAGCGGAGAUGCCUGCUGAUGUGAAUUUAUCCCAGAAGCCUCAGGUCCUGGGUCCAGAGGAGCAGGAUGGAUCUUGCGAGGCAUCACUGUCGUUUGAGGACGUGACCGUGGACUUCAGCAGGGAGGAGUGGCAGCAACUGGACCCUGCCCAGAGACGCCUGUACCAGGAUGUGACGUUGGAGCUCUAUAGCCACCUCUUCUCAGUGGGGUAUCACAUUCCCAACCCAGACGUCAUCUUCAGAAUGCUAAAAGAAAAGGAGCCAUGUGUGGAGGAGGCUGAACUCUCACAUCAGAGGUAUCAAGAAGAGGAGUUUGGGCUUGAAAUCCCACAAAAGGAGAUUUCUAAGAAAGCUUCAUUUCAAAAGGAUAUGGUAGGUGAGUUCACAAGAGAUGGUUCAUGGUGUUCCAUUUUAGAAGAAGUGAGGCUGGAUACAGACCGUACAAAGAAAGAUAAGCAAAAUCAAAUUCAGCCCAUGAGUCACAGUGCUUUCUUCAACAAGAAAACAUUGAACACAGAAAGCAAUUGUGAAUAUAAGGACCCUGGGAAAAUGAUUCACACGAGGCCCCACCUUGCUUCUUCACAGGAACAACCUCAGAAAUGUUGCUUAUUUACAAAAAGUUUGAAGCUGAACCUAGAAGUGAGUGGUCAGAAUGAAAACAAUGACACAAAACAGCUUGAUGACGUUGUUGGGUCUGGUCAGCUGUUCAACCAUAGCUCCUCCCAUGCUUGCAGCAAGAAUAUCCAUACAGGAGAGACAUUUUGCAAAGGUAAUCAGUGUAGAAAAGUCCGUGGCCAUAAACAGUCACUCACGCAACAUCAAAUUCAUACUCAGAAGAAACCAGAUGGAUGUUCUGAAUGUGGGAGGGACUUCACCCCAAAAUCACACCUCUUUGCCCAACAGAGAAUUCAUAGUGUAGGAAACCUCCAUGAAUGUGGCAGACGUGGAAAAGCCUUCACGCCACAACUAAAACUCAGUGUAUAUCUGACAGAUCAUACAGGUGAUAUACCCUAUAUAUGCAAGGAAUGUGGGAAGGUCUUUAUUCAGAGAUCAGAAUUGGUUACGCACCAGAAAACACACACUAGAAAGAAGCCCUAUGAAUGCCAUGACUGUGGAAAAGCCUUUUUCCAGAUGUUAUCUCUCUUCAGACAUCAGAGAACUCACAGUAGAGAAAAACUCUAUGAAUGCAGUGAAUGUGGCAAAGGCUUCUCCCAAAACUCAACCCUCAUUAUACAUCAGAAAAUUCAUACUGGUGAGAGACAGUAUGCAUGCAGCGAAUGUGGGAAAGCCUUUACCCAGAAGUCAACACUCAGCUUGCACCAGAGAAUCCACUCAGGGCAGAAGUCCUAUGUGUGUAUCGAAUGCGGGCAGGCCUUCAUCCAGAAGGCACACCUGAUUGUCCAUCAAAGAAGCCACACAGGAGAAAAACCUUAUCAGUGCCACAACUGUGGGAAAUCCUUCAUUUCCAAGUCACAGCUUGAUAUACAUCAUCGAAUUCAUACAGGGGAGAAACCUUAUGAAUGCAGUGACUGUGGAAAAACCUUCACCCAAAAGUCACACCUGAAUAUACACCAGAAAAUUCAUACUGGAGAAAGACACCAUGUAUGCGGUGAAUGUGGGAAAGCCUUCAACCAGAAGUCAAUACUCAGCAUGCAUCAGAGAAUCCACACCGGAGAGAAGCCUUACAAAUGCAGUGAAUGUGGGAAAGCCUUCACUUCGAAGUCUCAAUUCAAAGAGCAUCAGCGAAUUCACACGGGUGAGAAACCCUAUGUGUGCACUGAAUGUGGGAAGGCCUUCAACGGCAGGUCAAAUUUCCAUAAACAUCAGGUGACACACACUAGAGAGAGGCCUUUUGUCUGUUCCAAAUGUGGGAAGGCUUUUGUCCAGAAAUCAGAGUUGAUUACCCAUCAAAGAACUCACAUGGGAGAGAAACCUUAUGAAUGCCUCGACUGUGGGAAAUCGUUCAGUAAGAAACCACAACUCAAGGUGCAUCAGCGAAUUCACACGGGAGAAAGACCUUAUGUGUGUUCUGAAUGUGGAAAGGCCUUCAACAACAGGUCAAACUUCAAUAAACACCAAACAACUCAUACCAGAGACAAAUCUUACAAAUGCAGUUAUUCUGUGAAAGGCUUUACCAAGCAAUGAAAUCCUAGUGCAUCAGCAUAUUCAUAAAUGAAAUACACUCCCUGAGUUUCUUGAAGAAGAGAAAAUCUCAGAAUCAGGUCUAAUUGUAUGUUAUUGAAUUCAUGCUUCAAUAAACUCUAGGGAUGCACUGCAUGAAGGGGGCCGGCCCCUCCACACCUGUGGGUAUUUCUCAUCAGAUGGGACGAGAGACUGAGAAAAGAAAUAAGACACAGAGACAAAGUAUAGAGAAAGAAAGAUGGGCCCAGGGGACCGGCGCUCAGCAUACGGAGGACCCGCGCCGGCGCUGGUCUCUGAGUUCCCUCAGUAUUUACUGAUCACUAUCUCUACCAUCUCGGAGAUGGGGAUGUGGCAGGACUAUAGGGUAAUGGUGGGGAGAGGGUCAGCAGGAAAACAUGUGAGCAAAGAUCUCUGUUAUAAAUACAUUUAAGGAAAGGUGCUGUGCCUUGAUGUGCACGUAGGCCAGAUUUAUAUUUGACUUGACACAAACAUCUCAGUGCACUGAAGAGCAGUAUUGCCGCCAGGAUGUCUCACCUCCAGCCAUAAGGCAGUUUUCUCCUAUCUCAGUAAAUAGAACGUAUGAUCAGGAUUUACACCAAGACAUUCUAUUCCCAGGUACAAGCAGGAGACAGAUGCCUUCCUCUUUUACUAAUUCUCCUGAGCACAGACCCUUUACGGGUGUCGUGCUGGGGGACGGGCAGGUCUUUCUCUUCCCAAGAGGCCAUAUCUCAGGCUAUCACAUGGGGAGAAACCUUGGACAAUACCCGACUUUCCUGGGCAGAGGUCCCUGCCGCUUUCCACAGUGCAUUGUGUCCCUGGGUACUCAAGGAUAGAGAAUGGCGAUGAGUUUUACCAAGCAUACUGCCUUCAAACACACUUUUAACAAAGCUCAUCCUGCACAGCCCUAAAUCCAUUAAACCUUGAGUCAACACAGCACAUGUCUGUGCAAGCACAGGGUUGGGGCUAGGAUUACAGAUUAACAGCAUCUCAAGGCAGAAGAAUUUCUCUUAGUAUAGAACAAAAUGGAGUUUCUUAUGUCUACUUCUUUCUACAUAGACACAGUAACAGUCUGAUCUCUCUUUCUUUUCCCCACACUGCAUGUGUGAACACAUGGCAAAGUCAUGCUUUAUUUUAUGUGAGGGCAAUUACUGAGAAAAGAGUAAGCAGAAAUAUCCUUCCCUUAGUACUGGCCUCAUUAAGGAUUAUAAAUUUUCACCCUGGGAAGAAACCCUGACUAAUGCAUUGAGAAAAGCCUUUCUGUAAAGAAUGGUACAAGACAGGUUGUUACCCAAUUAUUUAUAGUAAAGUUUGUGGGAAAUUAUAUCAAUGAUAACCCUGUUUGUUUUGGGAUAUAUUUCUAAAGUGCCAAUACAGUAAUGAUAGGACAAUAUUAUGUGUAUGUGUGUGUGCCUUAUGUAUAUAAGCAUAUGUAUUAUAUGCAGGUUUAAUAUCCCUUCCCCAAAGUGCCUGGGAUCAGAAGCAUUUUGGAUUUCAGAUACUUAACAGAUUUUGGAAUAUUUGCAUUAUAUUUAUUGGUUGAGCAUCCCUAAUCUGAAAAUCCAAGGUGAAAUGCUCCAGUUAGCAUUUCCUUUGAGCGUCAUGUUAGAGUUCAGAAAGUUUCAGAUUUUGGGUUUUCAGACUAGGGAUACCCAACCUGUAUGUACAUAUAUUUAGGUAUCUAUGUAUGUAUAUGUAUGCAUAUGCAGACAUAUGUAUAUGGUCUGGUCAGCAUAUGUGUAUGUAUGCGUACGUAGGUAUGUAUGCCCUCAGUGCAAUGGGUUUGCAGCAGAAUUCACUGCACAGCAUUAGGUGUAGGUAGAUUACAGUUAUUUUUUAAGAGAAUCUAAUUUAAUUGUUUUUAUAAAAAUUAUUCCCUGUUGAAUAUGUCAUGAGGUUGUAUCAACAAUGAUUAACUCCUUUAUUAUACAUACACAUGAAUGUACAUUUUUAGUAAAUGCAUAAAUGAGAUUCUAUAAUGUUUACUGAUCUUUAUAUUAUAGCUUUUCUCUUCUUUCAGGAUUAGCUCAGCUUGCCCCUCCCUUUCCAUCUCCACCAUCUAUAGUGAGCCUCUCCAUAAUCAGUGCCAACCAUUAGUCUGGUUCAAGUUUCUGCAUAGAUAAUCAGUGCCAACCAUUAGUCUCGUUCAUAUUUUUACACAGGCCCCUAAACAUACACACCAGGAGUCAACAAACUGUGGCCAAUGGCCAAAUAUGGCCUCCCAGCUGUUUUUUUAAAAUAAAGUUUUAUUGGAACACAGCCAUGUUCAUUUAGACAUGUAUUGUCUGGGCUUCUUUCAUGCUCCACUGGCAGAGUUGAGUAGUUUUGGUGGAGAUCAAAUGGCCCCCAAGCUGGAAACUGAAAAUAUUUACUCUCUGGCUCUUUACAGAAAAUGUUUGCCAACACAUCACACACACACACACACACACACAUUACUAUGCUCAUAAUCAUAUACCCGUGUAAGGACCCUUUCCUUGAUUUAUAAAACUCAGAUCUCUUACGUGUGUGGAUGGUAUUUUUUUCAUUCUACAAUCCAUGAUGGGUUGCACACACAUGUAUUCUAUGAGGUUGACCUGUCAUAAUUUAUUGAGCCAUUCCCACAGUUUUGAUUACUUAUUUCCCCCACACACAC